UAGUUCCUACCACUUUUACAAAUUCAAAUAUUUUUAUACUAUGAAAUGUAUUAAUAAAAUGAAUUAAAAAAUAAUUCACCGAUUCAUAGCUCUAUGUUACUGGCAAAUGCUGCCGUCACUAGUGAGCUUUUCUCUAUUUGUCAUGAUUCUUUAAAAAUUCAACUAUGCAAAUUCUUUAAUCUAUUUCUGCUACAAAAUUUGUUUAUACGGUAGUGGAAGGUCUUCACAUCAACCUUUGUGGCUUUGUUCAUUCUCCUUUCUGCUUUUAAACAGCUUUAUAAUUUAGUCUUUCCUGGUCUGUCUGUCUUGAUCUUUAAGAAAGAAGCAAGAACCACGAUGGUGAGUGAUUUUGAACAACUUAUUCUAAAUGGAAAAGCUAAGGAUACAGCAGAAGCAGGAAAACAGGAAAAACCACAAGCUUCACCACUCCUAAAUGGCAGACCAAGCAGCAUGAUCAUAAAGAAAGCACAUACAGUAAUUCCAGCUCACUUGAUAGCUGAAGCAAUAUCAACAAUUCGUGGCCUUGAUCUGAGAUGGUCAGGACCAAUAACUCCUACAGAAAUGGAGUACGUCAGGCAAUAUGUUUUUGCCAAAUACCCUCAGUAUAGCCAUGGAAUUGUAGAAGAAGGAGACACAACUGAUCUCAUUGCCAAUCUCAAUGGUAAUGAAGAAUCAUCAGAAGUUACUCAGGAUGAAAAGCGAAAUAUUUCUCCGAAGAAUCUUGGCUCUAAAGAUUACUCUCCUUCUUUCACUCGCAGCCUCUCUGAUCUUGACAAAACUCAACUGGAAGCAUCAAGACUAUUAGAUAUUCUUUCAAAGAAAACUUCCUUUCAGGGGAAUUUCAUUUCAAUCCCAGAAAUUCAAGCUCAAAAUAGAGCCCUGAAACAAUGUGGUCUUAGUGAACAUGAUUACUUGGUCAUUUUCAUGCCAAACUACAAGGAUGCUAUGGUUAUGAUUGGAGAGAGCUACCCUUUCUUCAAAGGCAACUACUACAUGACCAUUCUUGGUGAAGAAGUUGAUACAAUAAGAGAAUUUGCAACUCAUAAAGAGUCAAAGGUUAUUCCUAUGCCGGAAUCUUGGUUAGACUUGAGGAUUAAAGGUUCACAACUCAGCCAAUAUUUCAGAAGGAAGUGCAAGUACAUUCCUAAAGGUCUGUUCUCUUAUCCAGUUACUGUGAAUGAGACCAGAUACUCUUUGCAUUGGAUUUCUGAAGCACAUAGAAAUUCUUGGCAUGUUCUUCUUGAUGCUACUGGCUUAGUUUUCGGCGAGGAUCGGCUUGCUCUCGCCCUUCACCGGCCGGAUUUUGUGCUAUGUACACUGGAGAAUACACAUCCUCAGCCAUCAAAAAUUACAUGCCUCCUGGUCAGGAAAAGGUCAUUCGAUAAUACCUCUGCAUCUUUGGCAUAGGUUCUUCUUCAGACCAAUAAGGAUGUAGAGAUGAGGCUGGCUUAAUUUUACUCUGUAUCUUCUCCUUUUUUGAAGAAAUCAUAUAUUGUCCUUCUUCAAUAAUCCUAUAUUAAGUGAAAAUUGUUCUGUGCCAUUAGCAAA